GCGAGCUGCACGGGCGACCUGCGUGGGGCUCGGCGGAGAAACUCCAGCACGGUGAAUGGACACUAAAGCACAGGACACAAGAUAGCGAGGUGCCUUCUAUUACGAAAACUUUUUCCCACCGAGUGUACUCUAAUAAAGGGGGGUUGUUUUCGUUUCAUUCACUAAAAGGGCGUUGCUGGACAAAAAAAAAAUAAGAUUAAAAUGUCUCAAAGAGUUCGAAGAAACGCGUCGCCGACAACCAUCGGUGCCGCCGCCGGCGCAACCGGUGGGGGAAGUGGGAACGGAAGCCCCGGAGGCUCGGCGGCCGGUGCGGGGAUCGGCUCUUUUUGUCGCCUGCUGCCCAUGAAGGCUACCGUUCCGUUUCAGCUGAAGAUCCAGCAGCCGCAGCAGCCCCCCCUGCAGACGAGGGCGCCGCAUGGUACCGGCGGCGGAGGCAAAGGCAGCGGCGGCGGAUGCGAAGCCGCCGGCGCGCGCACGUCGACGUCAGGCGCUCGGAGCCCCACUCACGCGGUCUCCGUCUCGCCGGUCGCUGCCUCCUGCUCCGCUCCUCCUUUCUCCUCCUCCUCCUCCUUGCACUCCGGCCCCUCGAGGGGCAGCCCCACCGUCACGACCCACGUUUGCACGUCGGGCGGCGCGAGCAGACCCCCCCAGGCGCAGCAGCAGCUCGCCGUGCCUCCGUCACACGGCGGCGUCACUCACAGCCUCUCCGCGCCCCCGUUCUCAGUCUCCGGGAGCUCCCCCUCUUCGUCACCCACCCAGCACUUGCUCCUGCUCUCCGACUGCACGCUCCCCGUGGCCCCCCUGCAGCAGCCGCAUUGUUCGGCUUCACCAUCCUCCUCCUCCUCUUCCUCCUCCUCUUCGUCAUCCUCAGGUGGCACCCGGGAAAGACUGCAGCCCCCGCCCCAGCUCUCGUCCCCGGACUACGGUGGCCAGUCCCCCGAGAGGAGAAGUCCUCCCUCGCCCGUCUGCAAAGAGAGACCCAGGCAGCUUCCAGUCAUUCCUUCCUCCAGCUCCAGCAGCAGCAGCCUCCACACCUCCUCCCUGGACACCCUCACUGGGCCCUACCUGUCGGGACACUGGCCUCGGGACGGCAGCCACGCCCAGUGCGCGCCCUGCAUGAGGGACAAGGCCACUCAGACCCCCAGCGCCUGGGCAGAUGAGUGUUCAGAGAAGAGGAGGGGUUCCCACAAGCGCUCGGCCUCCUGGGGCAGCACGGACCAGCUUAAAGAGAUCGCUAAGCUCCGUCAGCAGUUGCAGCGCAGUAAGCACAGCAGCCGCCACCAUCGCGACAAGGAGCGCAAGUCGCCCUUCAACGGCAGCCACGCCGCCCUCGGCCAAUCGCAGGCUCCGAUCCCCAAGAGCGUUCUGAUUCCGAUCCCCAUGUGCAAGCCGACAGCCUCGCGCUUCAGGAACAGCGUGGAGGGGCUGAACCAGGAGAUCGAGCGCAUCAUCGUGCGGGAGACGGGGGAGCGUGACGAGCAGCUCAUCCCCCAGGACGUCCCGGACGGCCACCGCGCCCCCCCUCCCCUCCCACAGCGCAGCAGCAGCACCCGCAGCAUCGACACGCAGACCCCCUCGGGCGGGGGCGGGGCCGGCGGCGGGGGCGGGCGGGGCAGUAACCACAGCAACAGCAGCAGCCGCUCUCAGUCGGUGUCCCCCACCUUUCUGAGCGUCACUAACGACACCGGGGCGGGGAGCCCCUACCCCUACGAGGACCUGCUGAGCGACGGCCGGGGCAAAGACCUGGGCUCAAGCUCCCCUCUCCCCAAGUACGCCUCGUCCCCGAAGCCCAACAACAGCUACAUGUUCAAGCGCGAGCCGCCGGAAGGCUGCGAGAGGGUCAAGGUCUUCGAGGAAGCCCCGCCCAGGCCGUUGCAUGAGAUCCCGCAGUUCCUGUGUCCUGACAGAAACAAGGUCAACUUCAUCCCCAAGAGCGGUUCCGCCUUCUGCCUGGUCAGCAUCCUCAAACCCCUUCUGCCCACGCAGGAGCGCCCCCUCAAGGGCUCGGGCGGGAUGGGGGUGCGCAGCCUGUCUCCUUCCAUGGGACCCCCCCUCGCUGUGGAGCAGGACCAGAGGGUGACCCGCGGUACCAGCACCACCAACCAGCAGCCCUGCCUCCCCAGGCACCUGGAGGAGCCUGAGAGCUAGAGUGCCGCCCUGAUGGACAAACCCAGAAACUGCGUCUUUCAGAAUCGGAACAUUUUUAAAACCAAACCAAGCGCCCGUUCGAAUUUCAAAACUUUCUUUCUUUGUUUUUUUCCACACUUUGAAAGGACUGUUUUAUAAACCGCCUUCUCUUAAUUCUCUACCUGAAAACAAGCAAACGAAAUAAGAAAACCUGAUUAUGCUUUUGCUAUGCAGCUUUUUAGUUUGUCCAAAAACAGCAGGCAGACAUGGUUGGGGGUGUGGCCCCCAUGCUGUAGAGGUGUGUCCAUUAGCAGCCCUUACUGUAGUGUAGUAACCGCAGCUGUGCUGUGAUACGCACACAGGCCAGGCUCCGCCCUGCUUGGUCACUGGCCCCGCCCAGCUCAGCCAUAGGCUCUGCCCCACUCGGCCACAGGCCCCGCCCAGCUCAGCCACAGUCCGCGCAUUUCUGUCACAGGCUCAGCACACAGCUGUGGUGGUGGCCUGUGCGUGUGAGAAGAGGACAGAUCCCGCUGCCCUUUGUAACAGUUUACCGUGGAGCCUUUUCACAGAAAUGUGCUUUUUUUUCCAAAAGUGUCAAAGACGGGUUUACGUUGCAAGGAUGUGAUUUUGAGGCGCUCUCCGCAAGACCAAGAAACCUGGGUUUGAGACAUGCCCAGGUUAGUGAAGGUCUGCAAGCUUCUGUAUGGAGUCAAACCCAGGGCCUUCAGAUUCUUUCCUCUGAUUGGAGGGUCACCACUGGUAGCUCCUCCCAGUUCCUGGGUCCAACCACUGAGAUGAGAGGGCAAGGGAAUACUCACGUGCCUGAUGUCAGAAACCGGCCUGGUUCUCUAUGUGUCCGCAGUCUUUAACCGUUUCAUUUCCCUGCUUUGUGUGUGCAAAGAGAAGGAUAGAGUUGUGAAAAUAAGGAAAAAGAAAAUGUGUCUGUACUUUGCUGCGUGUGUGACACAUGCAGCCAGUGUCAUUGUUGCGAAGUGGCAUUUAACAGCAGGGCUAGGUGCCCUGUGUAGGAAAGUCUUAUUCCGUUGACUCGUUUGAAAUGCAGUUUGGUCCAAGUUGAACUUUCAGUGCCAGAGGGAGAAGGGGGAGCAUUUGACCAGGUCUUGGUCACCGAAGUGCGAGAUGCUCUUUACUGUGUCCCGAGUGAAUGGAGAACGUGGAGAGGGCGUUCCAGCAGAAGGCACUGUGACAUUCAGAAGGGCAGGGUUUGUGUAGGGCGAGACUUUCAUAUCCACUCAAUUUCUCUCUGUCCUUCCACUUUAUAUCAAGAGGGAAGUCUGCACAAUGCUGUUAAGGAAAUUAACUGGUCAUAUAACAAACGGUGCAAAUUAAACUGGGCUGAAGUAGUCAUUCCCCUCGUUCUGAGGUGAAACGUAUCUGAUGAAAUUACUUGAACAGGAGACUUCCUGAACACUGGUUCUGGCCCCAAAUCCCAACAAAGCUUGCAGAAUUGAGAUGCAUUGUGCUUCAGCAUGUCUUUUCAGCUUCAGUCUUUCCUGAUGUUUGAUGCAAAGUGGCAGAGGAUAGAAUCAUUGAUUUUAACUCCAUAUUUCCCAGCACUCAUCAGAUAAGUCCACUGUUCAGUGUAUAAAAAAAACCUUCAUAAAUGAGGGAAAGCUGUUACCUCACUAUUAGAACCGCAGUCUGUGAGUGUCUGUUUGCAGUUUUGUGUUUAUUAUAAAUCCACUCGCCCUGAGAUAAGAAGCGGUCCCACUUAGACCUGUUCCUCACAGUGUCACAGUGCUAGCAACCAUGAACACUUCCUGACCAAGUGGACCACAAUCCAUCCCUUAGGCCUUAUUCUUUUCUCUGUCUUUAAUUUAUCUUUAUAUUAUCCUUUUAUUUAUUUGUUUGCUUGCGUUGUAAUACAAAAGGCUCGUUUUCAUAUUAUUCACAAACAAGAAUUCGAUUUUUAAGCCAUUACAGAAGUGGUAGCUUGUGUAAUAGACAGCGUAAGUGCUUUGACCUGCCGCCCAUGGAGAAAGCCUCCGCAAACUUUGGCUUUGGAGCUAUACGCCUUCGGUGUCCUCGUGUUUGGAAACUCGAAUGCAGAAUUGCAGUCUGACGAUAAAAUGUGGCAUGAGCACAUUCCAGCAACAGAUUGUAUGUGAGGAGUGAGUGUACUGACUGUCAGGUCCACUGUUAGGCGGCGCUCCUACAGUGUAGAACAGAGGUAUCAAGCUCUGCUCCUGGACGGCUUUGUGUUGGCUAAGCACACUUUUAGUUGCAUGAGGAAUCAAGGUUUUAACUGUGCAGUGUACGCAAGAGAUGUUACACUGCAGUGCGUUAUGGGAAAUGAAAAGAGUCCUGAUCAUAUAAGACUACUUAGGCAUUUAGGUCACUUAAGAGCAGGGAUAUUGGUUCCAGCCCUCCAGGAGUUUGGUACCUCCGGUGUCAAGACACAAUUGGCUCCAGAUGCAAAGCGGUGUGCUACAGUCCUGGUGUUAGCAAGUUCUGAGCUCCAGCAGUAACAUUUCACUUUCAGCUGCGAGAGGACCACUCCUUAUCGCGUGACAACGAUGUAUUUAUGCUCUGGCAGUGCCUGGAUGCUCUACAGUUGCACGUAGGGAGUCCCCUGGGUUGCUUUGUUGAAGGACUUGUGCAUACUGUACCUGGUUCAGAUGGCUGUUUGCAGGACCACACAGACCACACACACAUUCCCUGUCUUAGUGUCAUGUGUAGAGCCUAGUAUUAUUUUUAUGUGGUUUAGUUUGUGGUUCACAAUGCUAGUUUGCAUCUUGUUUUUUUAUGUUAGCAUCAUUAGCAUUGUUUUUAGUCUUAAGGUAUUAUGUUGAGCGGUAAGGACUUGGUUUUGUACUUGAAUAUUCCAGCACUUUCCCCAGCUUUAGACCAGCUCAGGCUUCUGGGGCCUUCUCCUAGUAACUUGUCUCUCUUAAAUAUUUAAACGCAAAAUGUCAAAAAAGAUAUUGGGAAAAAAAGUCCUUUUUCUUCUUACAACAUAUGACUGCUUAUGUAGUUCUGUACUCAGGAAUGUAUAAAAAAACAAAAACAAAAAAACAUUUCAAGUGUGUAUGUACUAUACUAUAGAUUAUAUCAGCUGCACCUAUAGCUACUUUUGAGUAUAUAUAUAUUUAUAUAGAUAAAGUUACUGUAUCUUAUUCAGGCAGGGUCAGUCUUGAGAAGUUUUGUGACGAUAAUGACCUAAGAUCUUUUUUUUCCUCUUUACAUUUAAAUGCUGUCAAAUCUGUAGAGUAGACAGACGUAAGCAUAGCAGAGUUGUUUAUAAAAAAGACUUGUCCCCGCUUUGUGAGACAGAAAAAUGUAGCAAAGCAUCGGUUUUCAGUCAUUGUACAUGUAAGGAUUUGAUUGGAUACGAACGUUUGAUUACACGACAGCCGGAUUAAUAUUUUUUUCAAUUCUUUAAUUUCUGUCGUUAUUUUAUUUUGUAUUUAAUUUACUUUAACUUCAUUUCCUCUCUGGUGUGAGUGAACCAAGGCUGUCUAUACGUGAAAAGAAUAAAAUUGCACUU